GCGGGCGGAGCCGGCGUGCGGGCGCGGCCCCGUCUCCCUGCGGUUCUCGGUAGUGCGGCGGCCCGGCCGGCUGGGCCCCCCCGCAGCCCCGGGCAUGGGAGCCCGCGGGCCGGCGGCCGGGGCUGGAGGAGGAGGAGGCGGCGGGGGCCGCUGACCGGCGCCGGGGCGGCGCGGCAGCCCCGAGGCCGCGGAUCAGGACCGUGGCUGGAGCCGUCCCCCCUGCCCCGCUGAGCGCACAUGUCCGCCUGCCCAUGCCCAGAAGAUGACCAGGCUGCUCUUGGGGGUGACCCUGGAAAGGAUUUGCAAGGCUGUGCUGCUGCUCUGCCUGCUCCACUUUGUCAUCAUCAUGAUCCUCUACUUCGAUGUCUACGCGCAGCACCUGGACUUCUUCAGCCGCUUCAACACCAGGAAUGCCUCGCGCGUCCACCCCGUCUCCAACUCCUCCCGCCCCAACGGCACUGUCCCCAGCUACGGGCCAGCCGGUGCUGAGGCUCCGUCCCCCAGCACCAAGCCCAGUGCCAACCAGACUGCUACUGAGAAGCCCUUGCAGCCCUGCCAGGAGAUGCCUCCCGGUUUAGUUGGACGCCUUCUCAUCGAGUUCAGCUCUCCCAUGAGCAUGGAGCGGGUGCAGCGGGAGAACCCUGACGUGCGCCAGGGUGGCAAGUACACCCCCCCGGACUGCCUGCCCCGGCAGAAGGUGGCCAUCCUCAUCCCCUUCCGGCACCGCGAACACCACCUCAAGUACUGGCUGCACUACCUGCACCCCAUCCUGCGCCGGCAGAAGGUGGCUUACGGCAUCUACAUCAUCAACCAGUUCGGUGAGGACACCUUCAACCGGGCCAAGCUGCUCAACGUGGGGUUCCUGGAGGCCCUCAAGGAUGACGAGGAGUACGACUGCUUCAUCUUCAGCGACGUGGACCUCAUCCCCAUGGACGACCGCAACCUCUAUCGCUGCUAUGAGCAGCCACGGCACUUUGCUGUUGGCAUGGACAAGUUUGGGUUCAGGCUGCCCUACGCUGGCUACUUUGGUGGUGUUUCUGGGCUGAGCAAGUCCCAGUUUCUGAAGAUUAAUGGCUUUCCCAAUGAGUACUGGGGCUGGGGAGGAGAGGAUGAUGACAUCUUUAACCGCAUCUCCCUGAAUGGCAUGAAGGUGUCGAGACCCGACAUCCGCAUCGGGAGGUACCGCAUGAUCAAGCACGAACGUGAUAAACACAACGAGCCCAACCCGCAGAGAUUCACCAAGAUCCAGAACACCAAAAUGACAAUGAAGCGGGACGGCAUCAGCUCGCUGCAGUACCGGCUGGUGGAGGUUUCACGCCAGCCCAUGUACACCAACAUCACGGUGGAGAUCGGCAGGCCGCCCCCCCGCCUGGCCCGGGGCUAGCGCUCGCCCUGCCGACAGAGCCGCUGGGAGCCGGCUCUGUGCCCAGGCUGGUUGGGCACACUGGGCUUUGCCCCGGCUCGAGAGCCAGGACUGGGUGGGGAUGUUUUCUGCCUACUCUGCUGCCUUCUGGAGAUGGCUGCCCCCCCAGCCCGCCCUUGCUCCCCAGGAUUUCUCUGUUCCCCCAUCCCCACGAGUGUGUUUGCAGGACCCCCGCCCCAUACUCGGUGUGUUGGCGGACAAACCUGGCUGCCCUGCGUGUGGCUCCUGGCACAGAGGGAGGGGGCAGCCCCAACCCUGGCAAGGAGCCCUCUGCCUGCGCCACCUCCUGCUUGCGCCCCGGGCGGGGAGGGUGAGAUCCUACUGCUCUGGGAGAGCUGGAGGGGUCCUCACCAGUGCUGCGAGAAGCGGGGUGCAGGCUUCCCCCUUCACCAGCACUGUAGCUGUUGCUGCCCUGGAACAGGGUGGGAGCAGCCCAGGCCCCCUCAAGCAGGCAGGAUCAGGGCGAGGGUGCUGCCUGCACUGCUGGGCACGCAGACAUGGCUCGCUGUCUUCCUCUGCUUUAGUCUGGUGCUUAGAGCCGGGCCCUGUCUCAGCUCUGCCAAACAGAGACCUCCAGUUAGCGAAUGCCCCUCGCUGUGCCUCAGUUCCCCGAGGGCUGGGGGGUGACGGAUGUAUCCUGUCCCCCGUCCCCAAAGGCAGAUGUCGCGUGUGUGUGCAGCCCCUCUGUCUGCGCCCGCCCUCACCCACCUUUCCCACUCUUUUGGGGCAUGGGGCUGAUUUGAACGCCCUCAGCUCCUCUUGGUGGGGGUUAGUGCAGCAGGGGCUGCCCCAUGGCUCCCUGCAGCAGUGGGUGCCCCACAGGCAGUUUGGAGACCACUGGGGGUCUUACCCUUCUCCAGUUUCCCCCUUCCUGAUCUGGAGUGGGGGGACUAUGGACAGGAGAGGCUGGGGCAGGAGCCCUGUGCCCCUCCAUGGGGCUGGGAGCCCCAGUACCACCCCACACCCCGCGGGGAGCCGGGAACAGUGGGGCUGGGAGUGGGGCAGCAUGCCGGGGGGGGCACCGGCGACUUUUGUACAUUUGAAUGUCUGACCCUUUUUUUGAGCGUACGUUGAAUGCAGCGUUCGGUCGUAGAGACCAGGGUUUUUGUAUUUAAUAAAAGUUUGAAAAGUU